ACUAUCCCCAAAUCUUAACAACACGCUUUCCCGUCUAUCCCAAAGUUAGGUCAAAUAUACAGCAAUUCGGAAUUAGGGUUCGGCCAUUAGUGCAAAGCUUCCCUAACAAAUGGCCGGGAACAACACUACACCUAACAUCAACAAUCAAGUUACAGCGGUCUCUGCGGUGCCGAAGACCAUAUGGAUGAAGCAAGCGGAGGAAGCCAAGUUGAAGAGCGAAGCCGAGAAGGCCGCCGCCGCUAAAGCCGCAUUCGAAGCCACCUUCAAUAGCAAGUCCCAACCCCAGCUGCCCCAAUCCCCUUCCGCCGCGCCAUCCUCUUCUUCGGAUUCCGACGACGACAAUGAGUCGUCCGAGAAGGACUCCUCCGUGGGGCCCGUUGACCCCUCGAGGUGCACGGCGCAAGGCGCGGGGAUUGCUGGCGGCACUGCGUGCGUGGGGGCCACGUUUGCGGUGGUGACGAAGGACUCUGAGGGGAGGAAGGUAGCGCGCGGCGGGGCUCAGGUGAAAGUUAGGGUUUCGCCUGGAGUCGGAGUUGGGGGAAACGAGCAGGACGGGAUAGUGAAGGAUAUGGAGGAUGGGAGCUAUAGCGUGACUUAUGUGGUGCCUAAGAGAGGGAAUUAUAUGGUCAAUGUGGAGUGCAAUGGGAAGCCGAUUAUGGGAAGUCCAUUCCCUGUUUUCUUCAGCCAAGGGACUCCCAAUGGAGGGCUUCUUGGGGUGGCUCCACCUGCUUCUUAUCCCAAUUUAGUAAACCAGACCAUGCCCAAUAUGCCAAAUUACUCUGGCUCUGUAUCUGGUGCUUUUCCGGGCUUGCUGGGUAUGAUUCCCGGUGUUGUCUCUGGGGCCUCAGGUGGAGUGGUUUUACCUGGAAUGGGAUCUUCCCUGGGAGAAAUGUGUCGAGAGUACCUUAAUGGGCGCUGCGCAAAUACUAGUUGUAAGUUUAAUCACCCCCCUCAUAAUCUGCUCAUGACUGCCUUAGCUGCCACCACUACAAUGGGAACUCUAAGUCAAGUGCCAAUGGCACCUUCUGCUGCUGCGAUGGCGGCUGCUCAGGCAAUUGUUGCUGCCCAAGCCCUUCAAGCCCACGCUGCAGCUCAAGCUCAGUCCAACAAAGACUCAUCUGGUUCAGAUGACAGUGAGAAGAAGGCUGAUUCUCUUAAGAAAACUGUACAAGUCAGUAACCUUAGCCCUCUUCUGACAGUGGACCAGUUGAAGCAGCUUUUUGGUUUUUGUGGGACAGUUGUUGAUUGUACGAUAACUGAGUCUAAGCAUUUUGCAUAUAUUGAAUACUCAAAAGCAGAAGAAGCUUCUUCUGCUUUGGCAUUGAAUAACAUGGAUGUUGGUGGCCGUCCAUUAAAUGUUGAAAUGGCCAAAUCACUCCCACCGAAACCUGCUUUGAAUUCAGCAAUGGGUUCAUCAUCCCUGCCGAUGGUUAUGCAGCAAGCUGUUGCCAUGCAACAAAUGCAGUUUCAGCAGGCUCUUCUGAUGCAGCAAACAUUGACAGCUCAGCAAGCAGCUAAUCGAGCAGCAACUAUGAAGUCUGCAACAGAAUUAGCUGCAGCUAGAGCUGCAGAAAUAAGUAAGAAGUUGCAAGCUGAUGGUCUGGUCAUUGAGGUUAAAGAACCUGAAAGAAAAUCCAGGUCACCAAAUGGCCGUGCCAAGUCCAAAUCUAGGUCAAGGUCAAAGUCUACUUCCCCUAUAAAUUAUCGGUCAAGAGGGAAGUCACGCUCGUUCUCACCUCCUGCUCGUCGCCGACGAGAUUAUCGAUCCAGAUCACCUGUGAGAUCUCGCCAUUACUCAAGUUAUGAGAAGGACCAUAGGUCUUAUAAGGAUGGUAGGGAUGUCAGCGAUAGAAGUAGGAGACGGGAUUGGGGAAGAUCACGUGAUAACGAUUCACCUCUUUCCCGGAAAAAGAGAAGCAGGAGUGCAAGCCCUCGGGCUAGGAAAUCAUAUCGGGAUGAUGUAGGAUCGCCAAGGCAUCGCCGAGAAAGUCCUGAAAGAACAAGAAAACAAUCACGUCCUGAUUCAAGAUCUCCUCAUCGUCAUAGGAGAAGGUCUUUAUCAUCAGGAGAUGAAACGACUAAAUCUAAACCUCGAAAGCGCUCAUUGUCAAGAUCUGAUGAAAUUGUACAUCACUCUAGCGAUAAGAAAGACAACAGAAGGGAAGAAAAACCCAAGAGUCGGAGUAGGAGACGCUCUAGGUCAGGUUCUUCUGAUGGUCGAAAACAUGUGCGAAGAUCUUCCCCAAGUGUGUUGGAGGAAAGCAGGGCCAGACAUCGAAGACGUUCAAGAUCCAGAUCUCAGGAAGAUAAACAUCAACUGAGUGAGAAAUAUGAAAGGAGCAAAGAGGAUAAAUCGAGGAACCGAGAUAAAAGGCGAUCCAGGUCCAGGUCAGCUGAAAAGCAUAGGAGAGGCAGUAAGACAUCUCCGCGACAUUCAAGUGGGCAUAAAUCAAAGCACAGGAAACGCUCUCGUUCAAACUCAAUUGAAAAUUUAGUCGAAAACAAGGAUGGGCAAAUUGAUGUUCCUGUUAAAGCAUUAGAGGAUGGGAAUGACAAAUCUGUCACACCUGAUGAUAUUCAUAUGGAUAGUUUGGCUGAGUAGGGCAUAUGAAGGGUGAUGGUGUUGGAAGUGACUGUAGCUCUUAAAAAGUAAUGUCUGAAGUGAUGAAACUAAUGAAGUGGAUGAUUGAGCAAAGCCUAGAAAAUAUAUAUCUAGCAUGUUUCUGCCUGCCAUAGCUUCUUAGCUGGGCUUCUGGUUUCAGGUUCAGCAUAGUUAGGUGGUCUCAGCCUUCUUGUGAUAAAUGUACUUUGUUUCUAUUGCAGGUUUGUGGCCAAAUACAUUUCACUGGUGUCUGGAGUUGUGCUUGAUUUGGUCAGUGCAGUUCAAGAAGUGUAACUGCCCUCAGAUCCAACUAUGACAAUGUUUUUCACAUAACUGUUUAAUUGAUAUAUUAUGGAUCACAACCUCUAUAUGUAGGUAGUUGACUUCUUUUUUAAUCCCGGUAUUCUGUUUGACUAAUUUUUUGUGAAUGUUCAACAAUCACGAGUUACUCACUCUCCUUUGCUAGAGAUACUAUCUACUCUAUUAGCAUUCCUUCUGUUGCUGGCAUAUCUUUUGGUUGUUUUUUUGGAAAGCUCCUUACUAAGGGAAUCCACCUCUUUCGUAUUGUUUAACUAAUACUCUUUGUGUCAAUAGGGGAAUGCAUUGUUUGGACUCUGUAUAAGAUGAACUAUACUAGUAUGAUUAGAGUGUAAACCAACUUCAGAUUUAUCUUUGUUUUGAGUUGAUACCCUCAAUCAUAUGUGGCCUUGUGUUCUCUUUUUUGUAAUGAGCUGGUGAAUUACUGGCUGGCUUGAUGGAUUUAACCAGCAAUAAGUUUUACUUUGAAUUUGAAUUUGCUGUCUUGUAGACUGUUACAUUCAUAAAGCUGCAGGUUAUCUGGCUGCAAUUUCUUGGUGCUCUAUCAGAUGAAUUUGGCAUGGUUUACGUAUCUGAUUAUAUACAUAAGGUAUGGUGCAAUAUAACGUGAAUUAAGAAACUGCUCUAACUAAAUGUAUUUGUCAUUAAAAGUUGAUAUUUUAACUUGAUGCUGUAGAGCUGAUAUCCUAUUGCCCUUAUGUUUCUUCUCAUCUUUUUUCCCCUCUUUUUCUUUUCCCUUUUUCCUUUUCCUUUUCCUUUUCUCCUACCCAUUCUUUUUCCCAUCUUUAAAAUUGUUUGGUUAGGCAAGGUUCUCUUAAAGCUGAUUCCACAUCAGAUGAUGCUGAUUUGGUUGGUUAGUUCCUUGAUCAAGUCAUUUGUUCUUUUCUUACAGGUAAUUACUUAUGGUUAUUGGUUUUGUUUGAAUUCCACAAAUAAUGUCUUUCUAGGUUUCUCAAUUUUGGUUAGUGCAAUUAUACUUGUUAUUCUCGUUGGUUCUUCUUGUUUCUAUAUUUCUUUGUUAUCAUCCUAUUUCCGAUAGGGCAGUUGACAAUUUCAUCCGAUUUUGAUCAAUGUUAAUAAAUUGUUCUGCUAAGAGAUUAUUUGCGCUGAUAUCGAGUUGCAGACCAGUGCUGCAUUUUCUGCCCUAUGUUGUUUGGCUUAUCUUUUUUUAGUCCAUUGGUCAUUUUUCUUGGAAUUGUUUCAUGUCUGCUCCCAGCCUCCCACCAUCAAAUAAGCACUAGAUGCACAGCUAUGCAACUCCAAGUAGUGUGUGUGUGUUUCCCUAGUAGGAUUGAUUUAUUGGUAGUACAGUAACCAGCUCUUGUUGAAAUUUGGUUAGAUCCUAACUUGUGGAUGUGCAUAACUUCAUCAUUCGUGAUCCUCAGGGAUUGAAAGAGAGGUAGUGAUUGAAUCUUUGGCCUACUCUUUACAUAUAGGAGACCUACCGUUUGGAUGUUUUCGAAGGGACCACUUUUGGUUUUCUUAACCCAUCUGUUGUGAUGUUCUCUUGCUUAAGGUUACAGGGGUAAUGUGUUGAUGAAAGAUUGUUUUCUGCUUUGCUUAACUUUUCUAGUAAUUUUUGGCCUUUUACACUAGAGUUGAUAUUUGCUACAUUAUCAGUAACAUAUAUUUCUGCAUAUUUUCUAUUUCUCUCUUCUUUCUUCUUCCUCUUCUUCUCUUUUGUUCUUUUUAUUUUCUUUACUAGGUGAUGCUGGAUGUUUAGUGGCUUGGGAGCUGAAAUGUACUUCCAUUUGGGGAAAUGGUGGAUUUCAUUUUUUUUUCUUUCCUUUUUUCGUUUCUCUCCCCAUUUCAAGUUUCUGCAAAGAUGGUUUUCAACAAUCAACUAAUACUGUUCUUGCUUGCGGCUAAUUUGAGAAUUUUCAAUCACCAUGGUCGAUGCGCAACUUCUGCUUCUCUUUUGUUCUCUCAUAUGAGCUCUGAGUUGAGGGUUUUGAGUACAUAUUCUAUGUGACUUCUCAUGGUCGUCUGUAUCGUUUUGUUGUUUUUUAAUAGAAAUGUUGUCUUUCAAAGUUGGAAGUCAUAAAUCUAGUGAAUGAGCAAAGCCUGUGUGAAAGCUGUGUGUUUGUUUGCUUGCAUGUUGCUGUAUUUCUAUUGACUAAUGUGGAUUUUUUUGGAAAUGUUUGUGGGCAUUUUAAUUUCUUGCCUGCAUUGCUUUUGUUGUA